AUGUCCCUAACUCUACCACAAAAGCAGUCUUUGUGCGAGAAGCACAAGUCAGAUCCUGCAUGCUCUCACUCCGAACUUGCUCGUUGGGCAACGGAGCGCUUUAUGACCCCCAAGCUCCCGCCUAAUACAACUGCCGUACUGCAGCCCAUGGACCAGGGCAUCAUGAAGUGCCUGAAGAAUGAGUACCAGAACAAGAAGCAAGCCGCUGAGCUGGACCUGUUCUACAAGGGUGUUUCUUACAGGCCGGUCGACGUUUACUCCGCCAUGAAGUGGUUGUCUGAAGGCUGGAACAACAUAUCUGCAAAGACUAUUAGAAACUGUUGGUGCCACACAGGCAUCGUAAACCAAGACUCGCAAAGACCCCACACACGCAGACAGAAGCAUCCUGUUGCUGGAAUCACCGAGUUUCGGCGCUUCAUUAGGCGUAUUCACCGGCCUACUGCUAUUCGUAAACUCCCCAAAGUUCCUACUGUCGAGCUACUGAAGCUUCGCUUCCAGGAGGAGGACAUUUUUGUCAGAUUUAUUAGGCAGGAGGUAGGCCGUGAUGGCUCCGACCGUGGUGAUACCUCUGACAGUGAAGACGCUGGGCACCAAGCAAACACCGAAUGCCAGCGUCAAACGAAAUCCAGACAAAGCAAAGGACAUUCAGUUUUCUUGCCAGCCAAAGAUGCACCUGUCAAGAGAUCAAAGAAGGACCGUGACUUGUCGACCUUGGCGUCGUCAGUCUCGACGUUGGUCAACCAUAUUGUCGGGCAGCCGGCGGCCCCGAAAGCACGUGAAUUGUCAACGGUCCAUGCAGAUUUGGCGUUAGUUCGUCGAAAUGUUGCUGAAGUUGGAGAUCGGGUUGCCGACAUAGAGUCCAAGCUGGACGCAAUAGCAGACACUGUGGCGGAUUCAGUGACGAAGGCAGUACUGGCAACUGUAACUGCCAUGUUGGCCCAAAGCCAUCACAUUGUAAGCUGGAAACCCCUUACGACAACGUCUUUCAAACUCCCACGCGAUCCGAGCUUCGAAGCACCCACGCCCAACCCGAAAGGCGCUUCGAAAGCUGGCAUCAUCCUGCCGACGGUCAUCAUUGAGAAGCUGUGUGGACAUGUACCUGUGUCGACGGCUUUUGCAUUACACGAUGCUGGUCAUGUGACAUCGAGCCAACGCUUCGCUUCCACACGUUUACAUGUAGUGGCCUUACUCGUUCGCGUGACAUCUGAAGGCUUCAUGACGUUCGAGCCGGACUUUGUGCAACUGGCCACGUAUUGA